CAGAGAAAAUAUUUCGUAUAUCCGCGAAAAAGGAAAAGGGAUCGGAGAAAAGGAGCAUUUUAGACGGGAAAAAACCCUAGCGUGUUGUUCUUGUUGUUCCGUGACCGUGAGGAUUCCCUCGUCGUUCUUCGCGUUCCCUGGAGAUUCCGUGCUCUGAUUCCAGGAAUCGAUGCGGUUUCUAGGGUUUUCUUGUAGAGAAGUCGAGUUUUCCAAGGUUAGGGUUUGCUGAGAUCUGUGGAAAUAUACACACAGAGGAGAGCACGCGCGUGCGAGAGAGAAAGAGAGGGAAGGAGAACAAAUCAUGGCGGCUUCUGAUAACCCUAAGGAGCUCCAGAAGCAGCUUACGGAAGCUGGGAAAAAGAUUCUUGACCCACCUUCUUCUGUCGAGGACCUUCUUCCUCUUCUCGACAAAGUUGAAAGCUGCCUGACUAAGGUUGAUCAGUCACCUCCUGACUCAAUGCAAAAUGUGCUCUCCCCCUUGAUGAAAGCAUUAGUUGCUGACAGACUCUUCAAGCACUCAGAUAUUGAUGUGAAUGCUGCAGUUGCUGCAUGCAUCAGUGAGAUUACGAGAAUAACUGCUCCAGAUGCUCCAUAUGAUGAUGACCAGAUGAAAGAGGUGUUCCAGUUGAUUGUAUCAUCAUUUGAAAAUCUAACCGACAUAUCCAGUCGUUCAUAUUCUAAGAGGACCUCAAUCCUCGAAACUGUAGCAAGGGUCCAAUCAUGUGUUGUGAUGUUGGAUCUUGAGUGUGAUGCGCUUGUUAUUGAGAUGUUCCAGCAUUUCCUCAAGACUAUAAGGGAUAAUCAUCCAGACAAUGUAUUCUCAUCUAUGGAGACGAUUAUGACCCUCGUUUUAGAAGAAAGUGAGGAGAUAUCUCCAGAGUUGCUUUCACCAAUUCUAGAAUAUGUUAGAAAGGAUAACCAGGUUCCCCAAAUAUCGCGGAAGUUAGCAGAACAAGUUUUGAAGAACUCUGCUACCAAGCUUAAACCUUACCUGACAGAUGCAAUAAAAUCAUUGGGUCUCUCCUUAGAUAAGUUUAGUGAUGUAGCUGCUUCAAUAUGCAAAGGGACCUUUGGUGAAUCGAGGCAUAAUGAAUCUGUUGCUAAUGAAAAGCAUGAUAGCCAAGAUAAUUUAACAAGGGAAGUGGAAGAUGAGGAUAAAUUGAACGUACCAAAAGUUGCUGAUGCUGAGCUAGCUGAUGCACCUAAGGAUGGCUCUCUUAAGUCGGAAGUUAGCAAUGGUGUUGCACAGGUUGCAGAGAAUGAUUCUUCAGAUGAUACUGACUCCAAAAAUAAGCAAGAUGAUACAAAAGUGAAGGAUGAACCCCCUAAACCCGAUAAGUUUGGCGACAGUGGGAUCGCUAAUGCUGGUGAUGAGAAGGAGACUGGUGUUGAAAACCAACAAAGUAAGAAAAACAGAAAACAAACCAGUUCUGUGAGACAGGAGGAAUUCUCAAAAGCUUCGAAUGUCAAAGAGGAGACUGAAUCCAGAGCACCCCUGGACAACCCUGAUAUUUCUUCUGAUAAUGAAAAGGUUACAAGUGCUCAAGCUUUGGAAUCGAAGCCAGCAGAUGAAACUACAAAUGCCGCUUCUCCAUCUCAGAGUGAAUGCCUUCCUAAUGACAGUAAUUCUAACAAGGCUGUAAACCAGAAGAAAAAGGAAAGCUCAACCAAAGAGGCAAAAUCAUCUGCUGGUAGCUCUGCUAAAGUAGCUCCCGAAGAACCAAGCAGUUCAGAAGUUAACUCGUCGAAAAGGUCUGGAAAGAAGGUGGUUUCUUCAAGUAAAACCAAAGCUUCGGUUCCUACAAAGAAAAGCAUCCCUGAGGCAAAACCAACAAAGCAGUCUGGGAAGAAGGCAGUGGACAGUGAUAAUGUGGAAGUGCCCUCUAAGUCAAAGGAGGAUAAGAAAAAGCAGGGCCAUGGAAAAGUCACUGGUGAGAAGGAGAAAUCUCACACAUCAUCAGACGAUGAUGAAAAACCGAUCCCGAAGUCAAGCAAAGAUGAGGUGCAACCAUUUGAAGAGACUCCCAACACAAAUGGCAAGAGAAAGCAUAAUCUGGAUAAAGAAAAGGCUUCCGAAGACAAAGAGUUUGGUGAAAAUCUGGUUGGGUCGAGAGUUAAAAUCUGGUGGCCUAAAGAUCGUGCGUACUAUGAAGGUGUUGUCAAUUCAUACGAUGUUGCUAAGAAGAAACAUCUGGUUUUAUACGAUGACGGUGAUCAAGAAAUCUUGAAUCUUAGAAGGCAGAAGUGGGAGUUCAUCGAAGAUGAAUCAGAAUCGACCGCUAUGGAUGAAAAAGGUGAUCAGACAGGUCCCGAUGAAUCCUCUGCAAUGCCUCAGAAGAAGAAAGCUAAGAGGGGCAAUGGCCAUUCAGCCAUGCAAAGGAAGGCAGAGACACCAGUGAAGAAGGGUGCUGCAUCCAAAAAGUCCAAGGCUGUUGCUUCUGCUACCAAGUCGGGGAAGAAAACUGAGGAGGUCGGAAAAAUGGAGAAUAGGUCUAAGAGUUCUUCCAAGAAAACGAGGUCCGGAAAGAAACCUGAGGACGGGAGGACCGAAAGCAAGACCAAGGAUACUACUUCCAAGGAAGCUAGCAAAGCAGAACAUGAUGAUAGUUCUGAUGAAAUGAGCGUAGAAGAAGACGAGGAGAAGCUCAAAUCCAUCAGUAAAUCAGCAAAGGCAGCGAAAUCAGGGAAAGCCAAGGAAGAUGCAGAGGUGGGCACUUCGAAACACUCGUCCAAGAAAAAGGAAGAACCCACGAAGAGUUCGUCAAAAUCCAAGACAGAACCCGCGAAAUCCAUCAAGGGCAAAACGGGAAAAGGCACUGGGAAAUCCAGCGGCAAACCGAAAUCGGCUUCCGCUCCAACCACGUCGUCCAAGGACAAGGAGAGCAACCGCGAGUCAGACUCGGAAGAUAACCCAACAGCACCAGAGACAUCGUCGUCAAAGGGGAAAUCACCUGUUUCAGCUAAGAUGCAGGGAAAGUCCGGUAAGAAGAGGAAGCGAUGAAGAAAAAUAGAAAAGAAAGCAUUUUGUUUAUGUAAUUUAAGCAGGUGAACGUGAUCGGAGAGGCGGUUGAUCUGAAGAUUCGGGCGGUGGAAGUGAAAUUAGACGCCGGGAGUUUGGUCGGAAAGUGAUAAUGUUUAUGACUGAAGUUUUUUUUUAGUGGUUUAGAUGAAUGAAGCCUUUGUGAUAAAAAAAAAAAUAGGGUUUUUUUGUGUUUUUUUUUAAAUCUCAAGAGAGAGAAUAUUGGGUAGAUAAAAAAAGAGUAUAUACAUUCGAAUAUUAGUGUAUCUCUCUCUCGUGUUAUGGAUCCUCUAGAGUUUCAUACUGUUUUCGAGUGUUGUAGUCAGUGCAAGAAACUAUAACGGUCAAAGGAA